AUGGCGCCACCGAAGGCUUCUCUUCCGGCCCGCAUCUUCGCGGGUGACUUCAUGGGCAUCAACUGGAACCGCGUCAGCUGGAUGGCCCCGUACAACAACUUCUACCCCAUCACAAUGUGCGGCGGCUGGGGUGGUCGUAUGUGGUCCAGCUUCAUUCAGUACGGUCGCUUCGACAACCGUGCCGGCCUCAUCAUGGUGCGCAACCUGAUCAUGAGCAUCCCGAGCGCUCUCAUGGCUCUGCUGAUGCUCGGCAAUAUGGACUGGUACCAGUGCAUGCAGUGCGCCCUCUACCUUCCCGGCAUCCCGAUGCCACAGUGGGCGCAGAAUGAGUAUGCGAAGGAGAUGGAGUGGUACAGCUGGAAUAAGCCGGGUGCCAUGGCGAAGCACCACUAUGCUGGCACUGUGUCGAUCCCCGGCACAGAGAAGUACAUCACGGAGAUGUAG